CUCUCUCUCUCUCUCUUUCUCUCUCUCUCUCUCUCUUUCUCUGCAACUCGCAACCUUACUCUUUCAUUCAGGCUCUGUUUGGUUCAUCGAAUUCGGUUUUUUCGACUCGAUGGCUGCGUGUGGGUGUAUAUCUGCGGCGAACUUGAAUUGGCAGAUUGGUGCUAGAAGCAUAUCCAAAUUCGGUUCUUCAGAUGCCACAAUUUCGUUAUCAUUUGGUGGGAGUGAGUCCAUGGGUGUUAGUGUGCGACCUCGUUCUGCUAAGAGCACCAGGUUGAGGAACCAUGCAUCACCCUUGAGUGUCGUUUGUGUCGAUUAUCCACGCCCUGAGCUUGAAAACACUGUUAAUUUCAUCGAAGCUGCUUACUUGUCUUCCACCUUUCGUGCUUCUCCGCGUCCAGAAAAACCCUUGAAUGUCGUUAUUGCUGGUGCAGGAUUGGCUGGCUUAUCAACUGCAAAAUAUUUAGCAGAUGCUGGUCAUAAACCUAUAUUGCUGGAGGCAAGAGAUGUUCUAGGUGGAAAGGUUGCUGCAUGGAAAGAUGAAGAUGGAGACUGGUACGAGACAGGCCUACACAUCUUCUUUGGGGCUUACCCUAAUGUGCAGAACUUAUUUGGAGAACUUGGUAUUAAUGAUCGGUUACAAUGGAAGGAGCAUUCUAUGAUUUUUGCAAUGCCAAAUAAGCCUGGAGAGUUUAGUCGCUUUGAUUUUCCUGAAGUUCUUCCCGCCCCAUUAAAUGGAAUAUGGGCAAUAUUGAGGAACAAUGAGAUGCUGACAUGGCCAGAGAAAGUCAAAUUUGCAAUUGGGCUUCUGCCAGCUAUGCUUGGUGGACAGGCGUAUGUUGAGGCUCAAGAUGGUGUUUCUGUUAAGGAGUGGAUGAGAAAGCAGGGCAUACCCGAUCGGGUAACUGAUGAGGUGUUCAUAGCAAUGUCAAAGGCACUAAACUUCAUCAAUCCUGAUGAACUUUCAAUGCAAUGUAUAUUGAUUGCUUUAAACCGAUUUCUUCAGGAGAAACAUGGUUCUAAGAUGGCCUUUUUGGAUGGCAAUCCCCCUGAAAGACUUUGUAUACCAAUUGUUGAUCAUAUUCAGUCCUUGGGGGGUGAAGUUCAUCUGAAUUCACGCAUUCAAAAAAUUGAGCUAAAUGAUGAUGGCACAGUGAAGAGCUUCUUACUAAAUAAUGGGAGGGUGAUGGAAGGGGAUGCUUACGUGUUUGCAACUCCAGUGGAUAUUCUGAAGCUUCUUCUGCCUGACAACUGGAAAGGAAUUCCUUAUUUUCAGAGAUUGGAUAAAUUAGUUGGAGUCCCGGUCAUAAAUGUUCACAUAUGGUUUGACAGAAAACUGAAAAACACAUAUGAUCACCUUCUCUUUAGCAGAAGUCCCCUUCUGAGUGUAUAUGCUGACAUGUCAGUUACUUGCAAGGAAUAUUAUAACCCAAACCAGUCUAUGUUGGAGUUAGUUUUUGCACCAGCUGAAGAAUGGGUGUCACGUAGUGAUGAAGAUAUUAUACGUGCCACAAUGUCUGAACUUGCCAAACUCUUUCCUAAUGAAAUUUCUGCUGAUCAAAGCAAAGCGAAGAUUGUCAAGUACCAUGUUGUUAAAACACCAAGGUCGGUUUACAAAACUGUUCCAAAUUGUGAACCUUGUCGUCCCGUACAAAGAUCUCCUGUAGAAGGUUUCUAUUUAGCUGGAGAUUACACAAAACAAAAAUAUUUAGCUUCAAUGGAAGGUGCUGUUCUUUCUGGGAAGCUUUGUGCACAGGCAAUUGUACAGGAUUCUGAGCUACUUGCUGCGCGUGGUCACAAAAGAAUGGCUCAAGCAAGUGUUAUUUAACAGAGACAAGAGUAGAGGAGCAUUAUUUCAACUAGCAACUAUUUUGCUAUGAUAUGUGCAAUAAACCAUAGUGAAAAGCCAAUAUGAGAAAAUAACUUCAUUUUCAGUGUGGCCAACACCUGAAAAGUGAGGCAUGUCAUUAUUUUAACUUGUAUAUCCAGUUUUAUUUAUUUAUUUAUUUAUUAUUAUUAUUAUUGUCAUUUAUUGACGUACUCUGUGGUCCGCGUUUGUGAAAACCUUUCAUUACAGAAGCGAACGGGAAUCAAAUAUCUCAUCGAUAACAUUUCUU